AUGCCGUUGACGCCUCUUCGACGGCUCUCCAAGGCUUCCACUACUCUUCCACCGGGGCUGGCGGGGUCGAUUGGCGUUCCUGAGGUCGGCUCGGGCAUACCAUCACCGCCGCUAAGUCCCCCCCUCGCCGCCGCACAACACGCGCUGAAAGAUACGACCAUUCCGAAGAACUUUUCGGUCAGACGGGCGCGCAGAGGGGGGGCCGCAUACACCAUUGCGGGGGAGUGUGAGAGACUCUUCUGCGAGACACUGAAGACUGUUUUCCUUGGUGAGGGGAACUUGGUCUGCCAGGACUCGCUUGCGAUGGGUGUGCGAAAUCAAAAUACUACCAUGGAUGGCAGCGAUGACGACAAGGGUGUCGGCUGGAGGUCAAGACAUGACAGCGAUAGCAGCAGCAGCGCUAUGGCUGGUUUUGGGGCCGUGCCAGCGGGGGGGCUUCAGACACCUAGUCCAGAGAUGGAGGGGUACGCGAGCCACGGAGGCGGCGGCAUGAUUAGCACAUGGGUCGAGGUCUGGGAUUAUGUCGGCGGCGCCAGGUUUAGAGGCUUCUUGGUCGAUGACGAGGGCGAGAGGACAAUGUUCACGUUCUUCGAUGAAGGAAUCAUUGGGAGGGAUCUCAAGCCUGGUCUAAUGGCGCUUCUUGAGCUCUGCAGCAUACCCGAGUUCGACUGCUCACGCCUCGUCGUCUGUAUCGACCGCAACGCGCAACCGGAGCCGACAAAGGCGCUAAUGAGGGAUCUGGGCUGGGUUGGCUUCGAGGCCGUCACGCUUGCACGCUGGACGCACAGCAACGAGAUCAUCAGCGAUCGAUGGGUUUUCUUAGGAAUGGACGUCUAG